AUGAUUGAUGAGACUUCGAGAAGAACUGGUUUACUGGGUAGUCUGGUGGUGAGCUGCCGUAGAGUGAACAAGUUAAUGGCGAUUGCUCCCCAGUCUAAACCCACUAACACAAGCCCUCUGACUUCAUCCAAGAGAAAGACAAUGGGGAUUAAGAAAAAGGUUUUACAGAAAAAGGCUAAGCAAAAGGUGAGUUUCGAUCUUCAACAGAACCUAUCAGUAAGCUAUGACCCGAAAUCAGCCCAUUUGACCCAACCUCCUAAUUCUCAAUCCAAAUCCGCUGCUAUGGAGCGAGCUAAAGAAGUCCAAGCAAGCCUCCCAUCUGAGUUUCCUAGUUUUGUUAAGCCGAUGCUUCCAUCACAUGUUACUGGUGGCUUUUGGCUUGGUUUUCCGAAGAAAUUCUGUGAUGUCCAUAUGCCAAAACAUGAUGAAACAGUUGUGUUGGUAGAUGAAGAUGAUCAAGAAUUCAACACAAAGUAUCUUGUUGACAAGUUUGGAUUGAGUGCUGGAUGGAGAGGAUUCUCCAUUGCUCAUAAAUUGCUUGAAGGAGAUGCUCUUAUUUUCCAGAUGAUUAAAAAUUGGAAAUUUAAGGUCUAUAUUGCAAGGGUAAAUGGUCUAAAUGAAAUCGAUGGAGCUCUUGGCCUUCUAAAUUUAGUUCCUUAUGGCAUGAAUUUAUCUCAAAUUGAAAGAGAAAGAGAUGAAGAAGAUAUGGAUCAAGACAAAAGUUUGGUGGUGUUUAACCAAUCAGAAGCCACUGAAGGGUUAAGAUUCUCACAAUCUGUUGUUGAAUUCAAGAACAUUAAAAGCAUAAAAGAUUUCAAUAUUGUGGUGGAUGAUUUAGUCAUAGAUUCUGAAAUACCAAAGCAUUUUCAAAUCAAAUACUAUGAUUUAUGUUGUAGUCAAAACAUGUAUCUUCAUGAAAACUUACUAAAAGGUCUGAAUGUGAAACUAGCAGUUGGAAUAAUUCUUGAAACUGUUACUGUUUCUGAUGCUAUUAAAGCGUGUAAAGUGACUACUACACGUGAUGAUUUUGAAACAUGGGAUAAAACUUUGAAGGCAUUUGAAGAAGUGGGUAUGAAAGUUGGGUUUUUGAGAGGGCGAAUUGGGAAACUUUUGGGGUUAUUGUUUGAAUCAAGUGAGGUUUUGGAAGUGAAGAGGAAUGAACAAGUGAAAGCUAAAGAGGAAUUAAGGGUUUUUAAUGAUAAGCUUUUGAGGGUGAAAGAAGUGAUCAAGAAUCUUGAUUUUGAGAUUGAAAGUUUGAAGAUGAAAGGUGAGAAGCUUGAAUUGGUGUUUUGUAAAGAGGCUAAUGCACCUUGGUGAUGUUUUUAGGGUAUGAGCUUUUGUCAUGUUUUUGAAGAAAAGGCAAUGUGUUUUUGUAUUAUGUAGGUCAUUUGUAUAUUACAAAAACAUCAUUUUCAACCGUGAC